AACAAGUACUCUCACUUGCAUACCUGAUACGUAUAUUAUAUAUGCAUGAAAGGAGCUAGAUAUACUCACUAACAGAGGCAGACACAUUUAGAAAUUGCUUGAAGCAGACGAUACAUUUGUUCUGAUAGGUUUGUUCACCAUGGACUACGAAGAAGUGAUUGGAACAAUUGGAGGAUGUGGACUUUAUCAGAAACUGAUGCUAGCUUUCCUCUUCUCUUCAUCCAUUAUGGAUGGUUUACAAAUUGGAAGCAUGAUAUUUAUUGUACCUGACUUAGAUUACAGGUGUGCUAUUCCUGGUUACAACAAUGACACUUAUAAAAUCCAAAGCGAAAUUCAUGAAGAACUAAUCAAAGAAUAUAUUCCAAAGAGUGAGGAUGAAGGGGAGGUGGUUUAUGAAAAAUGUUUGAUGUAUUCCAAUACCACAGAAAAUGGAAAUCGAACAACACAGAAGUGCAGCUCUUGGGUGUAUGAUAAAACCAACACGCACACCUCAAUCACCACUCAGUAUUACCCUGUUAUCUUACUAAAGUAUAUGAGUGUAUAUACAGACGAUGAAGUAUGACAAUAUCAUUCACUCAAUUAAUAAGACGUCGGUGAAGAAAUAACUCUAUUUUUCGUGUCAUGCGUUGCAAGUAUCAUGUUAAUAUCGAUUUGACCAAAAUCAAAGUGCUCACAGUAUUCUGGUUGGAAUAAGCUGAAUCUCGUUUGCGAUAAAGCAAUUCUGGCAAGGCACGCCAUGACAUUUCACUUCAUGGGCUGCCUUUUUGCCAUGGUCGUCUGUGGAAUUUUAUCAGACAG